GGUACAUCCAAACGAACGCAUACAUAAAGAAUGGAAACAGAGCAACAAAUUACAGAUUUUGAGGCUGUUGCAAAAGAUCUAGAGAAUCAAGAAUUGGAGGCACCAGGUGGCGUGGCAAAUGCAGUUGUAUAUGGAAAACUGCUGUGUAUAUAUCUACUACAGAAUGACACAUGUAAUGCAAAAUUUCUGUGGAAGAGGAUUCCACAACAAGUGAAAACCGGCAGUCCAGAAUUAGCUCAGGUAUGGGCUGUGGGACAGAAAAUGUGGCAGAGAGAUUUUCCUGGCAUGUAUGAAGCUCUGCAAAAAGACUGGACAGAACCAUACAAAGAUAUUAUGACAGCAGUGUUAGAGGCAACACGGAAGCGAGCAUUUGGUUUAGUAGCACAAGCUUAUUCUUCAAUUAAUGCAGAGGAGUUUGCUGCCUACAUGGGUAUGCCCAUCAAUGAUGCUGUUAAAGCUGCACAGAAUGAAGGCUGGCAGGCAGAUCCAAAUACAAGAUUAGUAACUCCUAAAAAGAUAGCUCCGCCUUCAGAUCCAGUUUUAGCCAAUGAACAGCAACUAUCAGUACUAACAGACUAUGUAUCAUUCCUUGAAAGCUGAUCAUUUAUUGUGUUUAUAUGUUGGAGAAUGUAAAAAAACUUUCGAAGAACCACAGACUGAGAGUGAUGCAUGUUUUGUGCAUUCCAUAUGCUUCCACAGCAAGAUUGUGUUUCAUUGAAAUUAAUUAUUUCUAUUUCAUAUGAUUUAAUCAUAAUUUAGUGAGUAAAAUAUUACAGAUAUAAAUACGCAGUUCCCUUUAAAAUAUCACUUAUUCAUUGAAGUAGAGAUGUGACUCUGGAAAAUUAAUUUUUAUUUUCCUGCUUUGAAGUUUGGUAGUUACCAUACAAGAAAGUACCGACUUGAGUGAGAAAAUGUUUGCUUACUGAUAUUCGCCAUUGUUUUAUUUUUACUAAUAUUUGCAAAUAAUAAUACUCAUGAAUACAAAAUGUGCAUGAAAAUUAUUUGUGACGGCAAUAUAAGGCUGCUUACCUUGAAGUCCCGAAAUAAAACCUUGUUAGUAAAAAUCGCCCAAUAUACAAUGUGGAAAUCAUAUUUGCGAUAAGCAGACGAUAAAAUAUGUAUAGGUUUAAUGACAAUUCCAGUUGUAUUCUAUUCUGUACACCACGUAUCAUAUUUAAAGUAGUCAUGUGAUCUUGUUUUGACUUGGCAGUGAUGUAACAGUUAUUGUUAAUAAAACAAGAAAAACAUG